GAGGCGCCCUGGCUCUCCUGAGCCGCUAGUACUGCUGGCAAAAAGAUGGCAAAAUCAGAUACACAUCUAUUGAUUAUCUAAUGUAAAAUGAGAAUAUUUGGAGCCAUUUUCCAUUUGACAGAGGAUCCAGCCUUGGCACCGAUCUGAUCUACGCCAGACAGUGAAAAAGAUUGGUGUCAUUUCCUGCAUAACUGGAUGUAACAUCUCCUGUGGGAAGAGGACAGACUGUCACUGAAUUUGGAGAGCAUCAGACUUGUACUUUGUCAUGAAAAUAGUGCCAACUCUCCAGUUGAAGCAGGAUUGCCACCAAAUAUUCACAUAGUCUGUGAAACUCACAACUACAAAAUCAUCCAGAACAUAUACACGUCCAAGUCCAGUUUUGAUCUCGGCUCCAUUUUUUUAAUUUAGUAAAAAAUGUAUGGUAGUGCCCGCUCUGUUGGCAGAGGGGAUGCCAACCAUAGCGGAGGAAGAGAUGGAGGUGGUACAGGUAAUCAGGGAUCUGGCCGUUCCCCACGCCUUCCCCGUUCCCCUCGGAUGGGACACCGUCGAACCAACAGCACCGGAGGGAGCGGAGGGGGUCCUGGUGGAGCAGGAGGCAAGACCCUAUCCAUGGAGAACAUCCAGUCCCUCAAUGCUGCCUAUGCCACUUCAGGCCCAAUGUACCUGAGUGACAAUGAGGUUGCCAUGGCUGGUGACCACCUUCCAAAAAGUGGUGGGACAGUUACAACUAUGGGAAGACAGAGGGUGACGUAUGGAUCAAGGAGUAGUGGCAGUGGUGGUGUGGCUGCUAGCACUCCUAACAUUUCCACCACAGUGCCUGCCAAUGCUGUGCUACCAGCAGGCAUGAUGGCAGGCGAUGCUCUGGCUUUUGGGGACCACCACAUGGCCUCCACUGUGCCCCAUUCUCUAAGGCAGGCCAGAGACAACACCAUCCUUGACCUCCAGGCUCAGCUCAAAGAGGUUCUGCGUGAGAAUGAGAUGCUGCGGCGAGAGGUGGAAGUUAAAGAAAGCAAGCUCAGUUCCUCCAUGAAUUCCAUCAAAACCUUCUGGAGCCCUGAGUUAAAAAAGGAGCGAGCACUUAGGAAGGAUGAGGUUUCUAAGAUCACUGUGUGGAAGGAACAGUACCGUGUGAUUCAAGAUGAAGCACAGCACCUCCAGAUGACUGUUCAGGCUCUUCAAGAUGAGCUAAGGAUCCAGCGGGACCUGAACCAGUUGCUCCAGCAAGAUCCAGCCAGUCAAGGCCGGGACCUGGCCCUGUCAUCUGAACCUACGGAGGAGAACUACCGACGGCUACAGGCUGAACACGAGAGGCAGGCCAAAGAACUCUUCCUACUAAGGAAAACCCUUGAGGAGAUGGAGCUGAGGAUCGACACACAAAAACAAACUCUAGGAGCCAGAGACGAGUCUAUUAAGAAACUCCUGGAGAUGCUGCAGAGUAAAGGACCAUCAGCCAAAGCAUCAGAGGAGGACCAGGAGCGGACCAGGAGAUUGGCUGAUGCAGAGAUGCACAGGCAUCACCUGGAGAGUUUAUUGGACCAGAGAGACAGAGAGAUUACUGCUCUAAGAGAGGAGUUGCACCGUCGAUACGAGGGAACCCCUGAAUCCACCAAAACCAAAGCUCUACAGACUGUCAUAGACAUGAAGGACGCUAAGAUCAAUUCAAUGGAGCGGAGCUUGCGGGACAUGGAGGAGGAGCUGCUAAUGCUGAAAUCCAAUGGACUUCUGAGCUGUGAAGAGCGUCAGGAGGAAAUGAAGCAGAUGGAAGUCUACCGUAGCCAUACCAAGUUCAUGAAGAAUAAGAUGGAGCAGGUGAAACAGGACCUCUCCAGGAAGGACACUGAGUUGCUUGGUUUGCAGACAAAGCUGGAGACACUCACUAAUCAGUUCUCAGACAGCAAACAGCACAUCGAAGUCCUCAAAGAGUCCCUAACUGCCAAAGAGCAGCGAGCUGCCAUCUUACAGACAGAGGUGGAUGCCUUGCGCCUGCGCUUAGAAGAAAAAGAAGCAACUCUGAAUAAGAAGAGCAAACAAAUACAAGAAGUGUCAGAGGAGAAGGGCACGCUCAAUGGGGAGAUUCAUGACCUCAAAGACAUGUUGGAGGUUAAGGAGCGCAAAGUGAAUGUGCUGCAGAAGAAGAUUGAGAACCUACAGGAGCAGUUGAGGGAUAAAGAGAAGCAAAUGAGCAGUCUGAAGGAGCGAGUCAAGUCUUUGCAGGCAGACACUUCCAACACUGACACUGCCCUCACCACACUCGAGGAGUCUCUUGCAGAAAAGGAGCGCAUCAUUGAGCGUCUUAAGGAGCAGCGAGACAGGGACGACCGGGAGAAGGGAGAAGAGCUUGACUGUACCAAGAAGGAACUGAAAGAACUGAAGGAGCGACUGAGCUUACUGCAAGGAGACCUGUCAGACAGAGAGACCUCUCUGUUGGACCUUAAAGAGCACGCAUCAUCCUUGGCCUCCUCAGGGCUGAAGAAAGACUCUAAACUCAAGAGUCUGGAGAUUGCCUUGGAGCAGAAGAGGGAGGAAUGCCUCAAACUGGAGAACCAGCUAAAGAGAGCUCAGAAUGCAGCCCUGGAGGCUCAGGCAAACACAGAACUGGCAGAGCGCAUUAAUUGCCUCGAGCAGGAAGUGGCCCGCCACAGAGAGGAUUCUGGGAAGGCCCAGGCUGAGGUAGACCGCCUACUGGAGAUCCUUCGGGAAAUGGAGAAUGAGAAGAAUGACAAGGACAAAAAGAUCAAUGAGCUGGAGAGUUUGGCCUCCAGGCAGAUGAAGGACCAGUCCAAGAAGGUGGCAUCUCUGAAGCACAAGGAGCAGGUGGAGAAGAGCAGGAACGCUCGACUUAUGGAGGAGGCCAGAAAGAGAGAGGACAACCUGUCUGAGACAUCACAACAGGUGAAGGACACCAUUCGCCAGAAGACAGAGCGUAUAGAGGAGCUGGAGGAGGCCUUAAGAGAGAGUGUUCAAAUCACUGCUGAGCGUGAGAUGGUGUUGGCACAGGAGGAGGCUGCCAGGUCUCUCCAGGAGAAACAGAAGCACUCACUCAAACCAAUGCAUGAGUCCAACCUCGCCCACCUUAAGUGGUCUAAGAUGGAGGAGCUGCUGGGGGCCAUGGAGAAAGUGAAGCAGGAGCUGGAGUCCAUGAGAGCCAAGCUGGCCUCCACCCAGCAGUCUCUAUGUGAGAAAGAGGCUCACCUCACAACCCUACGAGCUGAGCGCAGAAAACACCUGGAGGAAGUGCUGGAGAUGAAACAGGAGGCGCUGUUGUCUGCAAUUAGCGAGAAGGACGCUAACAUUGCACUGUUGGAGUUGUCCUCAUCAAAGAAGAAGAAAACCCAGGAUGAAGUGGCGCAGCUGAAGCGAGAGAAGGACAGACUGGUGCAGCAGCUCAAGCAGCAGACUCAGAACAGAAUGAAGCUGAUGGCAGACAACUAUGAGGACGACCAUCUGAAGACUGUCCCUGACCAAACAAAUCACAAACCCUCUCCGGACCAGAUGAUACCCCCUCUUCUAGCCCUGUCCCAGAACCGCAGUAAGCUCAAGCUCUACAUCGCUCACCUGACAGACCUCUGCCAUGACCGGGACCCCAGCAUCCUCAGCCAGCUCACGCCACCCUCUCACUAUCACCACAGCGACCCCGAAGACUGGGAGGAAGAGCUCCAGAAGAUGAGUGUCGAACAGUUGGAGCGGGAGCUGGAGGUGUGUGAGAAGGAGAGCGGAGAGCUGCAGGAAUACGCCAACUCAGUUCUGCAGCAGAUCGCAGACUACUGCCCUGAUAUCCUGGAGCAGGUGGUCAAUGCCCUGGAGGAGUCCUGCUGACAACGCUGACCUCAGACAUGACACGACUGAGCCCUGGUCUUCAGACAAACCUGUUCCUAAACCCGGGCGUCCCUACCUCCAUCUGACCAGGCUCCGGAAGGAAGACCGAAGAGCUCGGGGGCAUUAUCGCACACCGCUGAGCCGCUCUGCCUCGCUCCCCUCGUCCACCCCAGAUCGAAACUUUACGACUGCCGAGUGCUUUCCUGUCACAUGUGUCGCUCUGAUGUCAGGCUCGCAAAAAUCAAAUCAAGGGUGUUCACAAAUUCAACCGCAGCGCUGUUAAAUAUGGCACUUCAAACAAGUAUCGACUGCAGGCUGAGGUCUGCUGAUUUAAUGAAGGAGAUGGCAGAUGGCGAGGUUUGGGAACAGUGGGAGAAGGAACGCUAAAGUACACACAUAAUGACAUUUUAAGCAGAGAGCAGCAUACUAGAAGUACAUGAAAAGUACUAUAAGGAUGCAUUAUGUUUAAAAUGUUUUUUAAAACUUUUAUAUGCAGCAUUUGUUUUUUUGUAGUUGUUUAUUUCAGUCUCUUUGCCAGGGAAUCGAAGCAAUCUUCCUUAUAUAAAAAGUGAGGAUUUCAUUAUUGUUAUAUUAUAACAAAGCACAAAUUCAAUCAAAAGAAAUCUGUGAAACAUGAUGAAUACAGCAGAUAACCAUUGGAAGCCACUGCCAUUUGUGGAUGGAUUUUAAUUACUGAUCGGCCACAUUUAACCUUUAAGCCAUAUAUCACCAUUUCAUUUAGCAUUUUUUUUAAAAAACAAAAAUCAGGUAUUUUCAUGUAUUUAAUUUACUGAUCAUGUAGAUGUUCAUAA